GGAGUAAAAAACUUUCUUUGGAAGUGUGUAGGAAAAUUGCUUUUCUCUGCCUUCUCUCUAGAACUAUGUCUGCUACUGCAAACCCAUCUCCAAAUCCCCAAGAAUCUAACCUUUUAUCUCGUUCUAUCGAACGCAUCAAAGGGGAUGGUAAUCCCCCUAUUGCUGAAGAAUAUCAUCUCUAUGAAGCUCCCCCCAAACUAUUGUCAUACAGAGACAUGUUGCCCUCACUCGAACCCACUUCUAUUCUCUGUGACAGUUCGAACAGAGAUGAAAUUCUAGAAGAGGAUUCAGAUUUUGAGGAUGAUGGUAUCAUUCCCACCAUCCACAUAUCCAAAGAAGAAAAGAAAAGAAUUCGUACGCCAUGGCUUAACUCACUCAUUAUCAAGGCCUUUGGGACUGAUAAAGCGGGCUACAACUUCAUUUUUCCUAGGAUUAAGGCUCAAUGGAAGCCAAGAGGAAAAAUGGAUUGCAUUGAUUUGGGGCUUGAUUUCUUUCUUAUUCGCUUUUAUGAUAAAGAGGAUCUGAAUCGUGUUCUCCAUGGGGGACCAUGGUUCGUCGAACCUCAUUUUCUCACAGUCAGAAGAUGGGAACCUUCCUUUGACCCCGCCAAAGCCACUUUCAAAACCAUGGAGAUAUGGGCGAGACUCCUGCACCUGCCUAUUGAAUAUUACGAUGUCCAAAUCCUUGAAAGAAUUGGGAAUAUGCUGGGCACCCCUCUUCGAUUAGAUGCUCAUACUGCCCAUCAAUCUAGGGGUCAAUAUGCUAGAAUUUGCAUUCAAGUUGAUCUCAACGAACCUCUUGUGCCCUUUGUUCGAAUUGGAAAGCAUGUUCAAAAAGUCCUUUAUAAAGGACCUGCUGCUCUGUGCUAUGCGUGCGGAUGCGUCGGACAUAAAGAGGACAAGUGUCCUCUCAAAACCCCUCAUCCCAUGGCUAUUGUUGAGGAACAACUGACAGAUUCCCAAAAUUCACAGGUUCCAGCUGAAGGAAAUUGUAAAGACUUGCCAGAUAGUCAAGGAUUUGGGCCAUGGAUGCUGGUGGAACGACGAAAGAACAAAAAAAAGCAGAACCACUCUCAAAUCAACAACCCAAUGAGUCAACUCACUGGGUCAAGGAACGGGUCACGAAUAGUAAAUUCAAAAGGAAACCAUAAUUCUGACACCACAUUUAAUGUGGUGACCGUUGCCAAUAACGGACAAAUUGCGAUGACUCAAAUGACCAAUACAAAUCAUAAGGAUCACCAAUUAGGCUCUUCUUGUGCAGCUGGGCUUGAAAGCAUUGCAAAUGACCCAACCCAUCAUAACACUAUCCAAGUUGAUAAGGAACAACAAGUUUAUCUCUCUGGAAGAGGCGUUAGUGUUGGUGACGAACAAAAACUCACAGUUAAUCAAGGAUUGGACGCUAGAGACUCUGCAAAGCUGUUGGCUCAAACCCAUUCUGGUAAUGAAAGGAGUGGAUCCCACCCCCUUCCUUCCUCCUCCAACGAGCAAGACUCCACUACCCUCGGAACACUAUCUCCGGACUCAUGCAUCACUCAGAAGGUAGUCUGGACACCACUAGCAGAGAUGGUAAGAUGGGACAGCUGGUCAGAACCAAUAGCUCCCAAAGUAUUCACAACGCAGAUGGAUCAUCCAUUCCUAUGUCUAUUCAGGAUGAUGGGAUGCAUGAAGACUGUGCACCUUGUAGUGAGGAAAGAGGAAGUCCAGAAUACUCUGUCCCAAUACAAGCAGAUUGUGCUACCGUAUUACUUCUCGGAGGUCAACAUGAUGGUUUUGAACAAGGAAGGUCAGCCGGUAUGGCUCCAAGAACUAGACAGAUGGGUGAUGACCACCUUCAGUAGACGAACUUGGACUAUGAAGAUCAUGUCAUGGAAUUGCCAUGGAGUGGCCAGCCAAGACUUUAAACGAAAUGCCAUGGACAUCAUCAAUCAACAUAAUCCAGGAAUUUUUGUCAUAAUGGAGACUAAACUGGCAGGGGCAAGAGCUAGCGAGGCUGCUGAAGCUCUCAAAUUUCCUAGGAAGGUUAUUGUGGAUACUGAUGGCCUCACUGGGGGCAUUUGGCUUCUGUGGGAUGACAAGAAAUUCUGCGUGGACAUCCUAAGCACGAGCCCACAAGUCAUUCAUGCUACAGUCCAAGAUGGUUUUGGUUCUUGGACUUCUGAGGUCCAUACUAUUGAAACUAUUGUCACCACUCAUUUCAAAAGUUUGUAUUCUACCUCGCUGACUCAUUCCUUUCAUGACUCAUUCAACAAUAUUCAAAAUGGCCAUAUUGUGAGUUCUUCUUCUUGGCAUCUGCUGACCUCUCCUCCAUCUGAUAGCGAGAUUAAAAAAGCUAUCUUUUCCAUGAAACCUUUUAAAGCGCCUGGACCUAAUGGACUCCAUGCGGCUUUUUUGCAAAAAUUUUGGCUCUUACUCAAGGAUAAGCUUUGCCCUGAAAUUAGGGACAUCUUUUCUUCAGGUGUUAUGCCAGACUCUUGGAGUGCUAGUUUGAUUGCACUCAUCCCUAAGAACAGUAAUCCAGAAUCUAUCUCUCACUUUAGGCCAAUUGGCCUUUGCAAUGUCCCCUAUAAGAUUGUUACAAAAAUUAUUGUCCUUCGCCUUAAGGAAUUGAUGGGAGAUUUAAUUUCUCCUAUGCAAUCUAGUUUUUUACCUGGGCAAAAUGGUAUUGACAAUGUUAUUCUCCUUCGUGAAUUUGUCCAUUCCUUUCACAAAAGAAAGGGGAGGCAAGGCAACAUGAUUGUUAAACUGGAUUUAGAAAAGGCUUUUGAUUGGUUGGAAUGGAGCUUCAUCAGGGAGGCACUUAUCUUUUUUAAUUUGCCACCUUUAAUGAUUAAGCUCAUCAUGUCUUGUAUCUCCUCGACGUCCCUUUCUUGCAUUAUUAAUGGAGGAGCUACUGAUUCUUUUAAACCAUCUCGUGGCCUUAGGCAAGGGGACCCUCUCUCCCCUUACUUAUUUAUUCUUUGCCUUGAAUUCCUUUCGUUAAAACUCCAUCAUGACAUUAGUAUUGGGCUUUGGAAAGGCUCAAAAUUAGGAAAGUCUGGACCUCUUUUCUCCCAUAUUUUCUUUGCUGAUGAUCUUAUUUUUGUUGGUAAAGCUUCGAUUUCUAAUGCCUCUUAUCUCAAGGAGAUGCUAGAUUUCUUUUGUUUUCGUUUUGGGCAAAGCAUCAACCAAGAUAAAUCCAAAGUCUUUUUCUCCACUAAUGUCAACUCUACUACUAGAUAUGAUAUCUGUCAGACUCUUGGAUAUGUGGAGACUUUGUCUUUAGGGAAGUAUUUGGGAUUUCCUAUCUCUCCCAAAAAGGUCAAAAAAUCUGAUUGUGCAUUUAUUGUUGACAAAGUCAGAUCCAAGCUAGCGGGAUGGAAGGCCAAUAAGCUAUCUCUUGCCUGGAGAGCUACUUUGGCAUCCUCUGUCCUUUCUUCCAUUCCUAAUUACUACAUGCAGGGAUUGUACCUCCCAGCAUCUGUCCAUUCUGAGCUUGACACUAUCUCUAGAAAUUUUAUUUGGGGAUUUACCUCUAACAAGAGGAAAGUCAACUUAGUUUCUUGGGAAAGGAUUACCCAACCAAAAAAGGUUGGUGGAAUUGAUAUUAGGGCCAACAAAGAAGCCAACCAAGCUGCCAUGGCUAAGCUUCAUUGGAGAAUGACCACUGAAACUCACAAGCCAUGGGCCAAAGUCUUCAUUUCCAAAUAUAAGAUCAAAACUCCCCUCCAUAACUUCUCAACAUUGUCAUCCCUUGUAUGUAAGGAUAUCACUAAGGGAAGAGAUAUUAUUGAGAAGGGUAUAAGUUGGAUUCCCCGAGAUGGCUCUAGAAUUCUUUUUUGGCAGGAUAAAUGGCUCUUCAAGGAAUCCCUUUGCUCCAUUUAUUAUGGUCCUUUUAGACCACAUGACUUUUUUGUUACCUUGAAGGAUAUUUUGCUUCCGGAUGGCAAAUGGAAUUUGGAUAUUAUUGCCUAUCCAUUAUCGCAAGACAUCAUGCAAAAAAUUAUUGCCACUCCUAUUCAGAAACAUAGCUUUGAUCAAGACUCCUUCAUCUGGAAUUCAGCUUCAAAUGGCAAAUUUUCUAUGAAAUCUGCCUACUACAUGGCCAAGAAUAUUCAAAGGCCACAAGAUGAAAAUUGGUCUUGGAUUUGGAAAGUUAACACCAUUCCAAGAAUCCAAUAUUUUCUCUGGCUUUUAAUGCAUGGUAGGAUCCUUACCUUCGACACUCUUGCUCAGUGGGGGGUGGUUUCUAAUAAUGGAUGCCCCAGGUGCAGUAAUGAACCUAAAACCCUUAACCAUUUGUUUAGGGAAUGUCAGUAUGCUUCCUCCUUUUGGGACUCUAUAGGUCCUUACUCCAACUCUUAUAAUGAUCAAAAACUUGAUUUUAGAAGUUGGAUCAGAGUCAAUGCUUGUCGGACAAACUCCAACCUUUUUCCUUCUACCUGGUCUACUAUUUUCUCUUAUGCUAUUUGGGCCAUAUGGUACUCCAGGAAUCUUCUUGUGCAUGACAAGAAGCAGUUAUCUAUUAUUCAGCUUAAGCACACUACGUUAGACAAAGCUCAGGAAUUUAUCAAGCACAAUCCUACCCACAUUGAGUCUAAACCCAAAAAUACCAUUUCUGUGGGUUGGGUUCCCCCGCCAGAUGGCUUUGUCAAGCUUAACACCGACGGUUCUGCUCUUGGAAACCCAAGUAUAGCUGGAGCUGGAGGUCUUCUUCGAGACCACCUUGGUAGGUGGAUCAUUGGAUUUGCACGAAAUAUUGGAUGGACCACCAUCAUCGCUGUAGAAUUAUGGGCCAUCAGGGAUGGUCUUGAAAUUGCUAUUUCUAAGGAAUUUUCUAAGAUUAUUGUUGAAACUGACUCUAAAAUUGCUACUAUGCUUAUUGGAUCUGCUGAUGCUUCCUUGCACUCACUUGGUGUCCUGAUUUCUGAUUGCAGAUCCCUUCUGGAACGUCUUUCUAAUGUUCAGAUUAUCCAUAUCUAUAAGGAAGCUAAUGCGGCUGCUGAUUUUAUGGCUAAACUUGGAACUUCCAGUGUCAUGGAUUUUGUUUUGUAUGAGGAGAGUCCCCCUGGGAUUUCCUCCAUUUUGUUUCAUGAUCGUAUUGGGACUGUAUUCCCAAGAACUUCUGUAACCGCAUGACUUUAUCAAUAUAAUUCUCCUUUUUAU